AUGGUGGUGCCUCUGGGCUGCAUGUACACGCCGAUGAAGAAGAUCCCCGGCAUGCCCGCGCCCCUUCCCUACGAGCCGGUCCAAUGUAAGACCUGCUUGAGCGCACUCAAUCCCUAUUGCUCCGUCGAUGUGCGAGGCAAGUUGUGGGUGUGCCCCUUCUGCUACCAGCGCAAUCAGUUCCCUCCUCACUACGCCGACAUUAGCGAGACCAACCUGCCCGCUGAGCUGAUCCCUCAGUUCACCACCAUCGAGUACCAGCUGGUGUCGAAGCCCGCCCUCGCGCCGCCCAUCUACCUCUUCGUGGUGGACACAUGCCUCGACGAGAAGAACCUCCAGGCGCUCAAGGACUCCCUCCUCAUGUCGCUCUCCCUCAUUCCCGAGAAUGCCCUCGUUGGCCUUAUCACCUUUGGCACCACGGUUCAAGUGUUUGAGCUGGCCUUUGCCGAGUGCCCCAAGUCCUACGUCUUCAGGGGCAACAAGGACGUGACCGCGAAGCAGAUCCAGCAGCUUCUCGGCCUUGGCGGCGCGGCUCGCCCCCAGCAGACCCCCUCCGCGCAGACCCCCUCCCAGAUCACUCCCAACCGCUUCCUCCGCCCCUUCAGCGAGGUCGAGUUCACGCUGGAGACGAUCCUGGAGGAGCUGCAGCGCGACCCCCGGCCGGUCAAGAACGACAGGAGGCCUCUGCGCGCCACCGGUGCCGCGAUGUCGCUGGCCGUGGGUCUCCUCGAGGCCACCUUCUCCGGCACGGGCGCCCGCAUCAUGGUCUUCCUCGGCGGUCCCUGCACUCACGGUCCCGGCAUGGUGGUGUCGGACGAGCUGAAGGAGCCGAUCCGGUCGCACCACGACAUCAACAAGGACCGCGCCAAGUACGUCAGCAGCGCCACCCAGCACUACGACGCGCUGGCCAAGCGCGCGGUGAAGGCGGCGCACACGGUCGACAUCUACGCGUGCUCGCUGGAUCAGGUCGGUCUGAUGGAGAUGCGCUACCUGGUCAAGCGCACCGGCGGCGUCAUCAUCCUCGCCGACGAGUUCGAGUCCGACAUGUUCAAGAAGUCGUUCCAGAAGCUGUUCGCCCACGGCGAGGACGAGCAGCUCAAGAUGGCCUUCAACGGCACGCUCGAGGUGCAGACCUCGCGCGAGCUCAAGGUGUGCGGCGCCGUGGGCCACCUGUCCUCGCUCGGCAAGAAGAGCUCGUCGGUCGCGGAGACCGAGAUCGGUAUCGGCGGCACCUCGGCCUGGCGAAUGUGCGGACUCGACCCGAGCGCCACCUACGCCCUCUACUUUGAAGUUGUCAACCAGCAGGCGGGUACGGGAGGCGGCCAGCAGGGACUCGUGCAGUUUACGUCGACCCACCAGCGAGCGAACGGACUGCGCGUGAUGCGCGUGACAACUCUCGCACACGCCUGGGCGCCCGCCGGCGAUCCCAAGGCCGCGCUCACCAUGGGCUUUGACCAGGAGGCCGCGGCCGUGCUGAUGGGCCGGGUGGCUGUGUUCAAGGCGGAGACGGAGGAGGCCUUCGACGUGCUGCGGUGGUUGGACCGCAUGCUCAUCCGCCUGGUCUCCAAAUUCGCCGAGUACCGGAAGGACGAGCCGUCCUCCUUCCGCCUCUCGAGCAACUUCACCCUCUACCCUCAGUUCAUGUUCCACCUCCGCCGCUCGUGCUUCCUCCAAGUCUUCAACAACUCACCCGACGAGUCGACCUUCUAUCGCUUCAUGCUCAACCGCGAGUCCGUCACCAACUCUCUCACCAUGAUCCAACCGACGCUCGAUGCCUACACCUUCAACGGCCCGCCCGUACCGGUGCUCCUGUCGGCCACGUCGCUCGCCUCGGGCGCCGACCGCAUCCUCCUGCUCGACACCUUCUUCCACGUCGUCGUCUGGCGCGGCGAGCGCAUCGCCGACUGGGUCAAGCAGGGCUACCAGGCCGACCCCCAGCACGAGGCCUUCCGCCAGCUCCUCGCCGCCCCGCUCGCCGACGCCGACGCCCUCUUGCGCGAGCGCUUCCCCAUUCCGCGCUUUGUCGAGUGCGAUCAGCAUUCGUCGCAGGAGCGCUUCCUGCUCGCCACCGUCGACCCGGGCGAGGCGCCCGCCGCGGCGCAGUUCAACUCGGGCGCGUCGCAGGAGUCGGUCUUCACCGAGGACGUCAACCUCCACGUCUUCAUGGAGCACCUCAAGAAGCUCGCCGUCCAGUAG